AUGGCACCUACCGAAUAUGUCGACCGUCCGGUGCCAACGAUCUCACUCGAAGACUUCGACGAUCGUAUCGAUGCGAUAACCAAGGAGCUAGUCAAUGCAGCAGAGAAUGUUGGCUUCUUCUGUGUCAUUGACCACGGCAUCUCAUACGAGUCCGUCGACCGAAUCUUUGAUCAGUCUGCUCGAUUUUUCAGCCAAGAUGACAACGUCAAAGCACAGGUUCCUUUCUCUCCGCAGCACAAUGCUGGGUGGGAGAAGAAUUCGCAAGUACGGCCUUCAACUGGUGUGGCUGACCGCAAGGAGUCUUAUCAGAUGCAGUUUGGAGAGGGAAUGAAUGGUCGAUGGCUUGCAGAUGAGGCUCUUCCAGGGUUUCGAGAGGAGGCCCUCAGCUUCAUGCAGCAAGCACAAAGUGUUAGCGAGAAGCUCAUGAUUUGCUUUGCACGGGGCCUCGGCUUUGAGAAUGAUUACUUCGUCAGUGCACACGAUGUCAGUCGUCCCGAAUCUCAAACAGUGUGUCGGCUACUGCACUACUUCGAGACACCAGAGCUGCCAAACCCAACCGGUGAGGUAUAUCACCGAGCCGGAGCACACGCAGAUUGGGACUUGUUGACUCUACUGUUCCAAAAGGCUGGUCAAUCUGGUCUCGAGAUUUGCCCGGGCCGAGAGCUAUCUACAUCUUUCGGUUACGGAGACGCUUGGACAAAAAUAGAGCCAGAUGUUCAGAAGAACGCCAUUGUCUGUAACGUUGGCGAUCUUCUUAUGUCCUGGUCAGACGACCGCUUCAAGUCAACGUUCCACCGCGUGAAGGCACCUUGUGAGCCCGGAGACUACUACGGUGAGCGUUACAGUAUAGCCUUUUUCAACCAGCCAUGUCGAGAUGCGCAGAUUCAGGGUCCAUUGAAGAAGUACCCUCUGAUCACCGGCGAAGAGUUUACUAGGGAUGCAAUGAGCCGCAACUUCAAGAGUCUGAAAGAGAAGCUUCAAAACAAGGAAGAGGUAAAGUCCAGAGAAGCUUCGAGCAUCGCCGUCAUGUCGCAGCUUAGUACAAUGGCCUAG